CACACGAACAGUGGACGGCACCAGAGUUCACUAGAAGGGAGCUGCUUUCACACUUGAUCAAACGCACCGAACUCGCAGAGUAAGUGGUCCUGGGUCCUGAAAAAAGCCUCUAGUAAGAAAACGCACGAAAGUUGUUUUGGCCCUGUUGGUCUUCCAUACUCCCCUCCGCUGCUGAUAUCCGCUGCCACCAUCAUGACAUCAUCACUCUUUCAGAGCAAACGGAGCAUUUGACAGCGCGAACGCCUGAGAAGAUGCGCUAAAAUAUUCGCAGUGUCAAAGCCACAAGGUGUUUGGAAAACAUGGACGGGGGAAACUACGUGUUCUGCCGUGAAUAUUUUGAUCGCUUUGUUCAAAGCCAAGACUCCUCCGUGGUGAACAAGUUCCAGCAGAAGUACUGGAAAACCAAACAAACACUAAUUAAAGUCACGGGAAAGAAAGAAGACCAGCACGUCGUGGCUUCAGACGCAGACCUUGAUGCAAAACUUGAGGUGUUCCACUCGGUGCAGAGGACAUGCAUGGAACUCCUCAAAGUGAUAGAACAGUACCAGAGAAGGAUCUGCCUUCUGUCCCAGGAGGAGAAUGAGUUGGGCCGGUUCCUACGCUCACAGGGUUCUCAGGACAAGAGCUGGGCAGGGAAGAUCAUGCAGGCCACAGGGAAGGCCCUCUGCUUCUCCUCCCAGCAAAGACUGGCACUGCGUGUGCCGUUGUGUCGCCUGUAUCAGGAGGUGGAGACCUUCCGCUACCGGGCCAUCUCAGACACGUGGCUGACUGUGAACCGGAUGGAGCAGUCCAGGACGGAGUACCGUGGCGCCCUGCUCUGGAUGAAGGACGUGUCCCAGGAGUUGGAUCCCGACACGCAUAAACACAUGGAAAAGUUCCGCAAGGUCCAGGCUCAGGUGCGCUUUACCAAGGCGUCCUUUGACAAACUGAAGAACGACGUGUGUCAGAAGGUGGACCUGCUGGGAGCCAGCCGCUGUAAUCUGCUCUCCCACGUACUCACGAACUACCAGACCACGCUGUUGCAUUUCUGGGAGAAAACGUCGCACACCAUGGCAGCCAUUCACGAGAGCUUCAAAGGCUGCAGACCCUGCAACCUCUCCGAGCCUAAGAAUAAAGCAUCAGAUCAGGGAACAAAAAAAAGAGGAAAGAAAAAACACACGAAAGUCAGAAGUGGAGACGCAGAAUCCAGUGUGACAGUAGAGGCCACGCUUAUUUCAGUAGAUGACGAUUUACAUAAAGACACAGUCCAGUCAGGCCCUGAGGAGGUGCUGUCCAGCAAUAGCAGACAGGACAAGGAUAGCCUGACUCUGCUGAGUGAGAUCCUGGGCUCCAGCUCACUGGAGGAGUUCUCCUGUGAGUGGCGGGAGGUGUUCGGAGAGGAUGAGGGCGGCUCAGCCGUGCUGGCCGACACCCAGGCCGAGGAAGAGAAGGCCUCGUUCUUCCUCCCAUCACAGCUUCUCGACCAGACCAUGAACAAUCUGCAGUCUGCAGUCUCAGGCUGGAGUAUGGGUAAUUCUCAGAACACCAAACAAACUGCGGGAGUCAAUCAGGUCACAUCCAAACCAUCAGCUAGAGAGUUGUCUAAAACUGCGCGGGAUCGCUCUGCAUGGUUCAACCUGUUCGCCGAUUUGGACCCGCUCACCAAUCCCGACACUGUGGGGAGAACCGAUGAGGAGCAUGAGCUGCUCACAGCAUGACGACCACCGUGACUCACACCUCAUCGAUCCCCACCGAUUACCCACACAUCACAGCCUCUGACUCCAACGCCUCCUGUUACAUAAACAUCUCCUUUUCCCUUUACCAAAUUUCCUUUAAGCCUUUUCAUGGACUCGUGGUUCAAAUCUGUGACCAGACCUUGGAGAAAAACAGCAUAGCCUUGACUAAAAUUGUUAGUUCUGUUCACUGCAUUUACAAGCUGCACCAGCAGUUUUACCAAGCUUUACAAGCAAGGGUCCAAUAUCCAGCAAGGAUUUAGUUGUGCUAGGAACGAGGUGCGGUUUUUAAUGCACUACUUGUAAGGGUUGUUUUGGAGAACUUGUGUUUCUUGGCACUGGUGUGAUGUCCAAGAAUCAGAGUGAUGGUCAUGCACUCACCUCUUCAUUACAGCACUGUUUAUGUACACACAGGUAGUGUGUGGCAUUAUAUAUCCAUCUGUGUAGGUAGAAACGUUUCGCGAAUGUCGAGGUCGUAGCUAAAAACGUACCUGUUACAUGAUGCAUUUCACAACCACGGAUAUCACACAUUCCUCUCCAAACGCUGAGUCUGAGGGCUCAAGGCAGAACACACUUCUCUGAAACGCAGCCAAUAGUGUAUUAAUUAAUUCAAACCGAUGCUGCGGCGCGUGAGCCUCAGCUCUGACGGCACUUUAGGCUGACGCUCAGCUCGAACUCGCAGCCUGAAUUCAGAACCAUGGCCUUAACUGACAUGAAACCCACAAGACUACUGCUCCAUGUCCUGGUUGGUUCCUUGUGCAGGACGAUGGCACAGGAAACGCUGUUCUCACAGGAGCUAAGAAUUUAAAUCCAGUUGUGGACUGGUUGGCCGUGUCAGUGAAACUGGAUCAUAGUUGGGCCACAGCUGGGAUUUGUGUGUUACGUCCUGGCACAUGCAAUGUCAAUCCCCCUGUGAGUAAUGACACCCAAUAAAAAGUGCGACUAAAAUUAUUUAGCUAAAUGAAUCAUAGUUUUAAUAUAUUAGUGUGAUUUAAACACUGUAUGUCUUUUAAAAACAAACAUCGUUAUAAACAUCUGGCUAUUGUUUAUUUGUAUCAUCCGGGCAACACUACACCUCUCAUAUAUAAAUAAAACGCAUAAGUUUGGCUUCGUAUAAAACGCAUGAAUAUAAAUAUGCAAUAAAAGAUUGUUUAAAGAA